CGCGCGAGCGCGCGCGUACACACGAACACACACUCCGCGGCGCAGCGGCUGUGUUGUUCUGCUCAGCGGCUCAGUCUGGGGGAAUAUCACAACAAAAAAAAUUAAGCAUUCGGGUUAUCUGGGACUCUUCCUACAAUGAUUCGAAGCUUUGUGAGAUUGUUCCUGACGUUUCUGACCGUUCUGGGCUCGUGUCGAUGUCUUUCGAGGAAAUACUAUAUCGCGAUUCGCGAGGUGGACUGGAAUUACGCACCGAGCGGACAGAACCUGAUCAAUGGCAAGCAAAUCCAUCAAGACACGCACGCCUCAAUAUUUCUGGACAGGGGUCCAUCCCGAAUUGGGAGUGUGUACAAAAAAGCAGUGUAUAAGCAGUACACAAGUGACACUUUCUCUACUGAAGUCCCUAAGCCCGACUGGUUGGGAUUCCUUGGACCCGUGAUCCGUGCAGAAGUUGGGGAUGACAUUGUGGUACACAUGAAGAACUUUGCAUCUCGACGUUAUUCAGUCCAUCCUCAUGGAGUCUUCUACGAGAAGGACUCUGAAGGUGCACUUUACCCGGAUGGUACAUCAGGUCGAUUUAAGAAAGAUGAUGCUGUGGCUCCUGGUGAAAGCUACACAUACACUUGGAGCGUGACAGAAGAGUUUGCCCCUACCAACUCUGACUCCAACUGCCUUACCUGGAUCUACCACUCCCAUGUAGAUGCACCUAGAGACAUUGCAACAGGACUUAUCGGGGUUCUGCUCACGUGUAAUAAGGGAGUCCUGGAAACCACUGGAGGUCAGCGCUCUGAUGUGAAUAAGGAGUUCUUCCUGAUGUUCAGCGUGGUAGAUGAAAAUUUAAGUUGGUAUAUUGAUGAAAACAUUCGGACGUUCAGCCCUGAUGCUGCUAUUCAUAAAGGAGACGAAGAAUUUCAGGAGUCUAACCUCAUGCACUCAAUCAACGGUUACGUUUUUGGUAACUUGCCGCAGAUGAACAUGUGUGUUGGAGACAUUGUGUCCUGGCAUCUCUUUGGCAUUGGCAAUGAAGUAGAUAUUCAUUCUGCCUACUUUCAUGGCCACACCCUGCUUGACCGGGGUCACCGUACUGAUGUGCUUAGCCUAUUCCCUGCCACUUUUGUUACUGCAACAAUGGUUCCCAUGACCACUGGAAAGUGGAUGUUAAGCUGCCAGGUUAAUGACCACAUGCAAGCCGGUAUGCAGGGCUUCUACCAGGUGUCUAUGUGUGGGAAAGGUGUACCCAGAGUAUCUCCUGGCCACGAGAGGCGCUUCUACAUCGCUACCGAGGAGGCGAUUUGGGAUUACGGCCCUUCAGGGAUCAACAAAUUCACAAACGAACCACUGGACAAGGAAGGAAGUGAUGCUGCAGAAUUUUUCACUAAAAAAGACGGCAGACUAGGUGGAAAGUACUGGAAAGUCAGAUAUGUUGCUUACAGUGAUGACACCUUUACCACAAAGCAUGAGCAACAUGGCUCAGAACAUCACCUUGGCUUUCUGGGUCCAGUGAUUAGAGGUGAACCUGGAGAUGUCAUUGUGAUAACCUUUCGGAAUAUGGCAGCGAAAAACUUCAGCUUGCAGCCUCAUGGUCUGUCGUAUGAUAAAGUUUACGAAGGGGCACUGUAUCAGGAUGGUAAGACAUACACAUCCUUUGGUUUACACAGACCUCUCUGGUCAAGUGGAGUCGUACAUCUUACUCUUCCUUUGUCCUCCUCAGGUCUUCAGAAAGCAGGGGCCAGUGUGGCACCAGGUCAGACGUUUACAUAUCGAUGGCGGGUGACAGAAGGCCCCUCGAACAGUGACCCACCCUGCCUGUCUUACUUGUAUUACUCCGCAACAGAUCCUGUCCGUGACACCAACUCCGGUUUGGUGGGGCCAUUGCAGGUGUGCAAGAAAGGAGUUCUGGAUGAGAGUGGACGACAGCAUAUAGGGUCUGAGGUGCAGAAAGAGUUUUUUCUUCUCUUCACUGUGAUCGAUGAGAAUCAAAGUUGGUAUCUUGAGGAGAACGUCGAUAAGUUCGGGAGUGAUGAAUCAGACCUAGAAAAUCCACUAUUUCAGGAGAGCAACAAAAUGCAUAGCGUGAACGGCUACAUGUACGGGAACCUUCCUGGCCUUGACUUGUGUGAGGGGGACCAUGUUGUGUGGCACAUGCUAGGCUUGGGCACUGAGGUGGAUCUCCAUGGCAUUUAUUUCCAGGGAAACACGUUUCAGCGGGAAGGCACUACACACGACACACUUAGCCUGUUUCCUCACACCAGUGUCACUGUCUCCAUGAAACCAGACAACAACGGUGUUUUUGGGCUGAGCUGCCGUACAACCGAUCACUACCGUGCCGGCAUGCGCCAGUUCUACACAGUCAAAAGCUGCACACAGAGCCAGACCACAGAGAUUACAUCCUUCCAGCCUGAUGUAUAUUUCUAUUUAGCUGCCGAAGAAGCGGUGUGGAACUACGCCCCGAACCGGACAUGGGAGUUUGAGAAACAUACCUCUACUCUAAGUGAAAGCCCUGGAAAUGUUUUCCUCAAUAAAAAUGAGAACCAGAUUGGCCCUGAAUACAUAAAGGUAGUGUACCACCAGUACACAGAUGACACCUUUACAACCAAGAAGACCAGAGGUUCUGACGAAGAGCAUCUAGGCAUUUUGGGUCCGAUUCUCAGGGUGGAGGUUGGCGAGAGGGUGCAGGUUGUGUUUAAGAACAAUGCCAAAAGGCCAUAUUCAGUUCAUGCUCAUGGUGUGAAGACCAGUGAGCAACAUCUUGCACCUGUUUCUCCUGGUAUGGUUAUUAUGUAUAACUGGACUAUCAGUUCAGGUCCUGGACGCACCGAUCCCAACUGUAUAACCUUCGCUUACUAUUCAUCAGCUGACUUCGUCAAGGAUUUGGCGAGUGGCCUGGUUGGACCGUUGGUCGUGUGUCGUAAAGGGACUCUAGACAAAGACAGACGCCGGACAGACGUGGAUAAGGAAUUUGCUCUGCUCUUCAUGGUGUUUGACGAAAAUGAGUCAUGGUAUCUAGAUAAGAAUAUAGAAAAAUACCUGCAGAAGAACCCAGAAACAUUCGACAAAGACGAAGAAGGAUUUGUAGAGAGUAACAUGAUGCAUGGCAUUAAUGGAAAGCUGUAUGCUAACCUGCAUGGUUUGAGGAUGAUGCAAGGGGAUAAGACUGAAUGGUACUUAAUGGGAUUGGGAAACGAGAUAGAUAUGCACACAGUGCACUUUCACGCUCAGAGCUUUAUAUACAAGACGGAUUACGCCCACAGAGCCGACGUCUACGACUUGUUCCCCGGGACGUUUAAGACUGUCGAACUGGUAGCAGGAACUCCUGGAACGUGGCUCCUUCAUUGCCAUGUGACAGACCACAUCCACGCGGGCAUGGAGACAACCUUCACCAUCAACGCCGCAAAAACAAGAACAGUGAAGCCAAGGGAAAAUGCUGCAAAACCAGCAACAGUGACACCAGGAGGAAAAGGCAGCGCGAGUUUUCAGAGUUUGCCACAAAUGCUGCUAUUCAUCACACUGGUGUUCUGGCUCCAGUGACUCAGAAGAGGAGGCAUUUCACUCCCAAUUGUGGUUAGUCAGGGAGACGAAAUGUACACAACACACGAAUGCACUAAAUAUGAAGUCAUAUUUAAUGAACAAAUCUCAUUCUUCCUUUAUAGAUGCCUUAUAAAGAAUGCCUUAAAUAAAUUCUGGUACUAUUAGUAGUAUUAUUAUUACUAGUAGUAGUAUGACUUUUAGGUUGUUUAUUUUUUUAAUGAAUCAAAACAUGCGAAUCCAGUGCUAUAGAAUGAAAUUGAUCAGUGUGAUGCUCAUGCAUGAUGAAAUAUAUCUAAAAUGCGUUUGUUUCUUUGUUGCACACUGUUAAUUAAGCAAGAACAACCAACCAGAUUGUUAUAGCCUCGGGCUGAAACUUUAUUGAACAUACCACAAGCUUAUUGGUGCACUGAAGCUGCCUGAAUCAACCUGAGAUGCCUACUUUGUAUUUAAAAAAAUAAAUAACUCACAAAAGUAAGUGAAACUCCUAGUAGCACACGUGCAUUACAUCACAACACUUCCUCUGAGCUUCCAAAGUUGAAGCGCCUCAAACCCUGAACAAAUUUGCACGUCAUAUAUUAACACCUUCUGCUGUUGAACAGUGUUAAACGUGACCAUGAAAUAAAGAUGGCUUACCGUCCGAUGCUGUCCGAGUUUGUUCCACUCACAAAACUGCUACCAUCUUGUGCCGUGAAUGUGAAUCUUCAGUAGUUUGUAGCACUAUAUCCUGAUAAAUUAAUUCCAGUGUGUAUUUGUACAAAAUAAAAACUCAACUCAA